AGAAGAAAAACAUUUUCUCGGUACUCACUCCAAGGAAGAAGCAUGGAUAUCCAGACUUCGUCUCUCCUCCUGCUUCUUCCUUUCCUUCCACUUCUCAUUCCAUGCAUGUUCAUCUACUUCCUUCCAAUAUUCAGUUACAGAGCUACGGCAAGAACCCAUUUUAGCUUGUUAUUGGGCUUCUUCCACAUCAACUCUUCUAAUGGCGAUGCCUCCGACGACGUUGGCGGAGAUCCCGGCGUGAGGCGCUACUUCACUUUAAAUCAGCCUGCCGCAGAGUCUGAGACGAAACAAGCAGAGUGCGCCAUAUGCUUGUGUAAGAUAGAAGAAGGAGAAGAGAUCCGAGAGCUGAGAUGUGAGCAUCUCUUUCACAGAGUUUGCUUGGAUAGAUGGAUUGGAUAUAGGCAGUCCAGUUGUCCCCUUUGUCGGGGUUCUAUAAUGCCGGCGAGCAGGAUGACAGCCAGGCUUUCCGGAGGGAAUGAGGAGGUUGUGGAGGAGAUAGUCUUCAUGUUCUCUUCCUUCCAACGUUCCGACGCUCGGGAAAGAUGGUGGCUAAGGUGAACCAAACUAACCAUGAUAGGUUGCAGUACUAGAGUACUACCAAUAGCUACUCCGUCAGGAUCAGGAUCUCAGAGACCAUGCGCGUCGAACCUUCUCUCCACUGAAUCGAUCGAAACGAAUGCAUGCAGCUGGUUGCUGCUAAGAGUUAAAAAGUUGUUGGAGAUUCAUGGGGCUGAGUUAUCAUUUUACUACUGUCAAUAGCUAUAUUAAUUAUAUGUAUUAUCUUCUUCCUGUUUCUGCCAGAAAUAAAAGGGUCUUACCUUCUGCUU